UGUGCAAGGGUGCUAUAGACGCACAAACGACCGCGAGCCACAAAUCAAGCACACAUAUCAAAAAACAAAUGAGCUCUUAUUUUGUAAACUCAUUUUGCGGUCGCUAUCCAAAUGGCCCGGACUACCAGUUGCAUAAUUAUGGAGAUCAUAGUUCCGUGAGCGAGCAAUUCAGGGACUCGGCGAGCAUGCACUCCGGCAGGUACGGCUACGGCUACAAUGGCAUGGAUCUCAGCGUCGGCCGCUCGGGCUCCGGCCACUUUGGCUCUGGAGAGCGCGCCCGCAGCUACGCGGCCAGCGCCAGCGCGGCGCCCGCCGAGCCCAGGUACAGCCAGCCGGCCACGUCCACGCACUCGCCUCCGCCCGACCCGCUGCCCUGCUCCGCCGUGGCCCCCUCGCCCGGCAGCGACAGCCACCACGGCGGGAAAAACUCCCUGAGCAACUCCAGCGGCGCCUCGGCCAACGCCGGCAGCACCCACAUCAGCAGCAGAGAGGGGGUUGGCACGGCGUCCGGAGCCGAGGAGGACGCCCCUGCCAGCAGCGAGCAGGCGAGUGCGCAGAGCGAGCCGAGCCCGGCGCCGCCCGCCCAACCCCAGAUCUACCCUUGGAUGCGCAAGCUGCACAUAAGUCAUGACAACAUAGGCGGCCCGGAAGGCAAAAGGGCCCGGACGGCCUACACGCGCUAUCAGACCCUGGAGCUGGAGAAGGAGUUCCACUUCAACCGUUACCUGACCCGCCGAAGAAGGAUUGAAAUAGCACAUGCUCUUUGCCUCUCCGAGAGACAAAUUAAAAUCUGGUUCCAAAACCGGAGAAUGAAGUGGAAAAAAGACAAUAAGCUGAAAAGCAUGAGCAUGGCCGCGGCAGGAGGGGCCUUCCGUCCCUAAGUAUCUGAGCAUUUAAAGUACUGAGCAGCAUUAGCGGAUCCCGCGUAGUGUCAGUACUAAGGUGACUUUCUGAAACUCCCUUGUGUUCCUUCUGUGAAGAAGCCCUGUUCUCGUUGCCCUAAUUCAUCUUUUAAUCAUGAGCCUGUUUAUUGCCAUUAUAGCGCCUGUAUAAGUAGAUCUGCUUUCUGUUCAUCUCUUUGUCCUGAAUGGCUUUGUCUUGAAAAAAAAAAAAAUAGAUGUUUUAACUUAUUUAUAUGAAGCAAGCUGUGUUACUUGAAGUAACUAUAACAAAAAAAGAAAAGAGAAAAAAACACACAAAAAGUCCCCCUUCAAUCUCGUUUAGUGCCAAUGUUGUGUGUUGCACUCAAGUUGUUUAACUGUGCAUGUGCGUGGAAGUGUUCCUGUCUCAAUAGCUCCAAGCUGUUAAAGAUAUUUUUAUUCAAACUACCUAUAUUCCUUGUGUAAUUAAUGCAGUUGUAGAGGUAACUUGAUGAGACACAACUUGUUCGACGUGUAGUGACUAGUGACUCUGUGAUGAAAACUGUGACUCCAAGCGGUGUGUCCCUGCGUGCCUUUGUAGGACCCUUUGCACGAACUCUGGAAGUGGCUCUUAUAAGUGCAGCUUCAGUGAUGUAUGUUUUUGUGAACAAAGUUACAAAUAUUGUCCAAGUCUGGCUGUUUUAAGCAAACUGUGAUCAGUUUUUUUUUUUUGUAUUUGUUUUUAAGGAAAAAAUACUGACUGGAACAAAAAAUAAACUUUCUAUUGUAAGUUC